UUCUUAAAAUUCCUACAAAAGCAAACACACCCUUCGUUUCAUACCAUAGGGUUCUCCUUACACUUUGAGCUAUAGCUCAUUCCAAAAAGCAAGUAGGGCAAACCAAUCAGUUCUCUCUUCCCUUCCCUAUCUAUAUUCUCCACCUCAUUUUCUCCUCUGCAGAUUUUAGGGUUUCUGUGGAUUUUCUUUGCCUUGUUUGCUCCCUUUAUAUUUUGGGAAGUCUUUGGUUUCUUGCUUUGGUCUCUCUCUUCUGAUUGGUCAGAUCAGCUUGACCGAUCUGUCAGUCUUGACUUGAGAUUUUUUUUUCCGGCUGAAAAUGGUUAGGGGGAAGACUCAGAUGAAGCGGAUAGAGAAUGCGGCGAGCCGGCAAGUGACCUUCUCGAAGCGAAGGAAUGGGCUGCUGAAGAAGGCCUUUGAGCUCUCGGUUCUCUGCGAUGCCGAAGUUGCACUCAUCAUUUUCUCCAACAGAGGGAAGCUGUUUGAGUUUUCCAGCUGUUCUAGAUACUUCAGUCUGAACAAUACAAUAGACCGUUUUCAAAAUAGAGUGAAGGAUCAAGGCCUCAGCGGCAAGGCAGUUCAAGAUCACGAUCAUAUGGAGCUUGCUAACGGAGACACCAGUAGCAUGGCAAAGACAAUUGAGUUUAUUGACUCUUCUCGACGGAAGCUAUUGGGUGAUGGGUUAGAAUCAUGUUCGAUAGAUGAGCUACAUCAGAUCGAGAACCAAUUGGAGCGAAGCUUAGCUAAAAUUAGAGAUAGAAAGAACCUGAUGCUGAGCGAGCAUAUAGAGCAGCUGAGGGAAAAGGAAAUACGCCUACUCGAACAAAAUGCAGAGCUCAGGGAGAAGUGUGGCAUGCAACUAAUUUGUCCACCAAGCAAUGGAGAAGAAGAUGGAAAUGAAGAUGAUGAUGUAGAAACAGAGGGCGACUGUCGAACUAUGGAAGUGGAGACAGAACUGUUCAUCGGGCCACCCAAAAGACAAAGAAAUGCCAAGAAAACUCCCUAGCUAGGGUACGAUCGAACUCGUAAAUUUAUGAUCGAGAUCAAUGAACAUUGGUGACGAUCAUGUUUUAUUAAAAGCAUUUGCAACCACAGGCAGCUCCGUUCACAGGUUUCCAAGCUGCUUCCUGAUGGUAAUUUGGGGUGCACGAGUAUAGAAUAACUGUAAAUCCAGAAAGUUGCUUCGAUAUUUAUGUGUGGAAUGAGUAAUGCAGAAUACAAAGCUGUGUGAUUUGUGUUUUUAUCUUGAUCACCCAUUCAACUUAAUUAAUUGGUUGGAACGGGGCUGCUGCUAAGCUUAUGUAUUUUUUAUUAAACAACCAAUUUUCUAUUGAAGAAUCGCAACUCAUUAGCUUGCUUAA